AUGUCCUCCCCCGCGUCGUCUAAAUCGUCGCCACCGCUGUCCGCGCUGGGUCGGCUCGGCGGUAGUCGCAGGAGCUCGCGAGCGUCCAUAGAGACGUUACACGCGGCAGUCGGCGGUGCUGUGGAACUACCCUGUGACGUCACACCCGCCCUUCCAGACGACAGUAUGGCUCUGGUUAUCUGGUACAAGCAAGGGCACGAAACCCCGAUAUACACUUACGACAAACGGGAGGGGGCGACGUCGCACUGGUCGCAUCCCGUGACUCUGUCUACGCGUGCAGCUUUCCGAGCGGACGCAGAGCCAGCAGUGCUUUUACUCACCAGGCUUAGGGCCGAAGACGAAGGUCAGUACAGAUGUCGCGUGGACUUCAUCAGAUCACCAACGAAGAACACGAGGCUUAAUCUUACAAUACUUAUUCCACCUGAACGUCUACUGAUCUUGGACCAGCGUGGAGAACAACUGGUGGGCGAUGUUCUCGGGCCCUACGAUGAGAGCACUGACGUCAACCUCACCUGCGUCGCUGUUGGAGGUCGUCCAGCUGCUCGGGUAUCGUGGUGGAAAUCUCACGCCCUGCUCGCUAACUCGGAAGCAAGAACGAGCGUUUCCUUUACACUGCGACGUACGGACUACGACAGUGAAAUUACAUGCCAGGCCGUGACGGAUCCCUCACUUCCACCAGUAUCGAAAACACUGACGAUCAAAGUCAACCUACGUCCGCUUUGGGUGCGAUUGUUAGGAGGUAAGCGUCCGCUGGUAGCAGGGAGACGUACAGAGCUAACGUGUCAAGCGGUAGGCGCGCGACCUCCCCCUAACAUCUCAUGGUGGAAGGGGGGAACCAAACUUACCACUGUUAAAGGAAAUACUUCACCGGAUGGAAACAUCACCAGUAGUACACUAAGCUUCAUACCCAGUAUCGAGGACUCCGGUAGAGUGAUUUCCUGCAGAGCAAUGCAGCCAGGACUUUCAUACCCCGUGCGAGAAGAUGGCUUCCAGCUUGAAAUACAACAUUUGCCAGUUGUCAAGUUAGAACUUGGUGCCAAUUUGGACGCUUCAAAAGUUGUUGAAGAAUCCGACGUUUAUCUGGACUGUAUGGUGCGCGCCAAUCCUUGGCACACGCAUGUCCACUUUACUCAUAAUGGUUCGACAGUUCGCGGCGGUAAUGGCGUGGUUGUCGCCAACCAGAGCCUCGUGUUACAACGGGUAUCGCGAAAUGCAGCGGGUGCAUAUGUAUGCGUUGCGCGUAACGUCUUAGGAGAGGGGUAUAGCGAGCCACUCAUGUUGGAUGUCAAGUACAGACCUAGAUGCAAGUCAGAGCAUGCAGUGACCUUACGAGUGGGACGCGGGGAGACUGUUGAGAUUGUUUGUGAUCUUGAUUCAAAUCCGAAGGGUCCAAUUACAUAUCAGUGGUGGUUCAACAACACGACUCAUUCCAAAUUCGAGCUUAACACUUCGAUCGCUCACGAAUAUGGUCGCUUUGGUAGAUACUUGUUUACGGUUAACACUUCGAGCGACUACGGCGCGGUGCAAUGUGCCGGUACUAACUCAGUGGGUCGACAGAGCGAGAAUUGCAUGUUCCUAAUUUUACCAGCCGAAAAACCAUCUCCGGUCAUAAACUGUGCUAUUAGUAACGUAACCGAAGAUUCAUUGUUAGUAAUUUGCGAGGCUGGUCAUGACGGCGGUUUAAAGCAAGACUUUUUACUUGAGGUAUUUGACCUAACAACAGGCACACUGCUCCGUAACAUGAGCAGCGAAGAACCAAAGUUCGCUAUGUGGGGUCUAUAUGGCGAUAUAGAUGUGUCUGUGCGCGCGUAUAACAGCAGGGGGUCAAGUGAGCCUGUGACGAUAUCGGCGAGCUUGAUGAAGCAUCCGCAGCAAGAGACGGUCACUUUACCAGUCCGAGUGGAACUGUCGACAGUUUUAGCGACAGUACUUUGUACUGUUGGUGGCAUCGCCGCUGUUACUAUUGUGUUCGGUUUUGUCUUCUGCUGGAAACAUUGUCACAGAAAUAAUGAUAAAAACGAAAAGAAAUUAAAGAAAGAUGAAAUAUUAAACACUCCUUUAAACUCUUCGAAGGAAUGUGAAAGCAUUGAUAGUUUGGACAAAAAUCCAGACAUAAUACCAAUAGAAAACAAAAUUAAUGACAAUAUUUCGAACAAAUCGUCUACAGCAGACUACAGCUCAAUAAGACCGUUACUCUCAAAGACAGAAGCUGAUACAUACGAUAUGAACUACGAGAGACAUGACCACAACCAAACUUACAGCCAAUAUGUCCAAUUACAUCCAUUGGAUUUCCGAGUGCAUCAGUAUGGCUCAAAUAUGCCCAACGUUGGGUCAAAUAUGCCAAAUAUAAACAGCUUCAGACCAAACUUACGUCCAAAUACAAAUGUCGGUGGUUGCCGUGCACAUGACAAAUUUUACGUAAAUUGGUUGAAGUAUAAAAAUUCAUUACCGCUAAGUACUAACGGUUUGAGGUUGUUAAAAUCUCUGGUGGCGGCGAUUCGGCCCUGCCUGCGUGAAUGGGUUGAAAGGAGACACGGUGCGGUGUCGUUCCACUUGGCACAGGUAUUGACUGGGCAUGGCUGCUUCGGCCGCUACCUGUGCCGAGUGCUGGGGCGGGAGCCAACGUCGAAGUGUCAUCACUGCGACGUCGGCGCCGAGAACACGGCGGAGCACACGCGCGCGGACUGUCCAGCGUGGAGUGAAGAGCGUGCCGCCUUAUCGGCAGUUGUUGGGCUGGAUCUCUCGCUGUCGGCUUUAAUUAGGGCUAUGGUCGACAGUGAGGAAAAAUGGAUAGCAGUUUCCUCCUUCUGCAAUUCCAUUAUGCUGCAGAAGGAAGCGGCAGAAUGGGAGCGAGAACAAGAUCCAAACUCGCUCCUAAUUCGUCGCGGAAGGCGCAGUCAGCGACGCAGGGCCUACCUGGCCAAUCUGCCGCCGUAA